AUGCUAAUGGCUCUUGGUGUUAUCAUCAUGAUUUUUGUUUUUCUUUUCAUUCCUUUAGCAGCGACAAUUUGUGAAAUUUCUCUGAAAGCUUUCUCAGCAGCUUUAAUCAACGAGCUAUUGUCGGAGAUGAAUCAAAUUAUUAUCCGCUUAAAUGAAGGUGAAAAUAGUGCAAUACGUCUAUUAUAUAUUCAUAAAAUUUAUACGUUGCCUUAUCGAUGGUUGAGUGAAGAAAAAAGAAUUUCAUUCUAUAAGAGCUGA